UACAGUUUGUCUUCUGCUGUUUGUUGUCGUUUGAACCAAAAUGACAGAUCAGGUCGUAUUGACAGUACACAGUCCAAUUAGUCAUCAUGACUCGUAGUAUAGUGCUCGAUAAGUUUGAAAUUGUUCGUGUGAUAUUCUCGGAGUUAAAACGUGGUAAAAACCUGAGUGAGAAAACCGAAAGCAAGCAAUAUGGAAGAAUUAGGGAGAGAUAUAUUAGCAGAAGACUGGUUCACAGUUUGCAAAGAGAAAUUCAGAGACCUUUCUCCUGCUGAGAAGUCAUCUGUGAUACUGAGUCUGAUAGACAUGUGUGAUACCACUGCCCGGUUCAAUUUAUUGAAGUCAUGCAGUAAUGCACUGCACUGCGACAUUUUGGCAUCAAUGCCUCAAAUAGCUCUAGAUCAGAUUCUAGGCAUGCUUUCAGUGGAUGACGUUCUGAAUGCAUGUAAGGUCAGCCAUCAAUGGAAUAAGUGUAUUUCUGAAUCCAAGUUUGUAUGGAAGAAGAAAUGGCUUGAAAUGGGAAUUGGAAGCUGUAGGGACCAAAAGCAGUAUCAUAAACGUGACUGGAAGCAGGAUUGUGUCACAGCUCAAGGGCUGUAUUCUAAGAUUGAUGGAAGGAAAGCAUUGGAUUAUGUCUUAGAUCUCUUCAAUGAUAACUAUGGUUAUAUAUCAGCAAUGGAUUACUGUAAUGGGAAACUUGUUCUUUGUCAUAGCAGUGGAGAAGGUGGGUCUAUAUUUUCUCAGAAGGGGCUCGAUUGGAGCUACCUUUGUUCAUUCCCCGUAGCAGAGCAUGGUUACCCAUCAAGUGUACGGCUCCUAGCAUCAGGACUCAUCGUUGUUGGAAGUAGCAAUGGAAAAGUUACCAUUUGGAAUUUUGUAAAUAUUCAACCAGGAUCUUGCCAUCAUCAGGUGAAUUUAAAUCAUGUCUGUCAUGGACAUACAAGUAUAAUUUUAAGUGUCGAUGGAAGUGAUAACCUUGGAGUGGUAGUUUCGGGGUCAAGAGAUGCACGUGUUAAAGUUUGGAGCAUUGUUAAUGGCAUUUGCUUGAAAACUUUUGAUUUCUCUUCGCCAAUUUUGCAAGUGUCAUUACUUUGUGGGAAGGGUUCUCCUUUAAAAGACUACAGCUUUCUACUUAUUCAUAGUUCAGAGAAAAUCAUCCUUCAAUCCUGGGUUGGGUACCACCUUCAAAAUUGGUUAAAAGAUGACGUACAAGAAGAAUGCAUUGUCACUGAUGCUAAUAUUUUACCUGGGAUUCACAUAAAAGAUGGAAUUUUAUAUUACUGCUCUGUAACAAUGAUUGAUGGUCUCCAGCAUACAGAUUUCAAUUGCAAAUAUCUAAAUAUGCAAGCAGUUGUAGGAAAUAGUAAUUUACCAUUCUAUGUUACUGAAAAGGUGUUCAGUUUCCAGGGCAUAUUUAGAAAACUGAUGCAAGUUGGGAUAGUUUUUGCUUUGCUGAUUGCAGAUGAUAAUAUCACUGCAAUAGACAUAAGAAGUGGCAGUAUACUUUUUAAAGAAUAUGUGCCAUAUUCAGCAGCAACAAGUCCAGCAUUGCCUCAAAUCACCGUUGGUGUUGGGAAAUGGCUUGAUGGCCUUUUAUAUGUGAAACAACAUGGCAUGGUUUUGGCUCUAGCAAUCUAUGGGCGGAAUCUCACUGUGAUUUCUUGGGCACCAUCAAUUCCAGAAUUUCCUUCAAAAGAAGAUUAACAUCAACUCUGAACAGAAGUUGUGUGUUAGGCUAUAACAAGUGGUUCGUAUAUUAUCUAACUUCCUGUUUUAAUAUUAACUUGCUUGUUUAAGUUGGGUUUUGUGCAAUAAAUGUUAUUGAUCGUCUUCUGUA